AUGGCUUCAUCAACAUCAACGCAGACUGGCAAAGCCAGUACCAGAGAGGAGUUAUUGUCCGUUCUGAGAGGUCAAAGCCUUAGAGUCCCGGACUUGGCUCUGAUGCAUGCCGGAUGGCCGAGAGACACAAACCCGCACGUUGAGGCCAUAGACGCCAAGAUACUCCAGUUGAUUGAAACACAUGCUGUCAACGAAACGGUGCGCUCGCGUCUGACCAAAGCUAACCUGUCGGAACAACUAGCUGGCUGGUACCCGUACGCCUCCCGCGAAAAGCUAGAAGUCUUGACAUCCUUCCAAGUCUGGAUGUUCAUCAUCGACGACCUUCUCGAUCAAUAUUCCAUCGUCGAACAAUUCGAUUACGACAAGCUGCAGGCCCUGCUGAAUGACUGCGAAGACUAUGUUGAGAGAAGCCUGGGUGUAUCAAGCCAGGAGGUUGAGCCGUCGACUCGUUAUCUAGACCACGAUGCUGUACUGUCAUUUGGGGAGUACGCCUCGACCGUUCGUCGUCUUUACAGCGACAAUCCAAGUUACCGAAAGCGAAUCGCGAAGGAGGCCAUUGCUACCCUGAAAGCAUACCAAAAGGAAGCUUUCAAUCGAAGAAAUGCCCAUCUUCCUUCUCUUGACGAGUAUCUUGGCUACCGGCAUGCGUCUUCCUGUAUGAAGCAAGUGGCGGCCAACAUCGAAUUCGCCAAUGGACUCAACUUACCUGAGUACGUCAUGGAAUCUAAGGAGAUUCAAGAUCUUUAUGAAGCUUCCGUCGCUGUUAUGUGGAUCACGAAUGACAUGGUGAGCGUGCGCAAAGAGAUACGAGAAGGGUUCGUCGAGAACAUCGUGGUAUUGUUGGCACACGGCGAUAUGCAGCGAGGACUUGAUGCAUCACUCGAAAGGCUUCAAGUUGAGAUUGACAGGGUGAACAAAGCUUCUGAUGACGCUGCGAGUCGAUUUGCCGGCGAGACCUUUGAAAGCGACAUCGCCCUGCUGACCAAGAACUGCAAGAAUAUGUGUUUGAGCAGUUGGUUCUGGAGCGUCAAAACUCCAAGAUAUUGUCUGCACGAUAUAAAGCCGGAUGCGGAUGGGGGAUUCAACUUUUCGAUUGACCAAAUUGCCGAGGGGACAUCAUGA